AUGGUGCGGUUCCACAAGGAGGGGCGGCUGCAGGACCUCGUCCACACGUGGCGGACCCGCUUCCUCCAGCGUGGGCUGGUUGUGAAGGACAGGAGAUGCCCGGACUUGGUCUUCUUCAGCCUUGGUCCCUGGCCCACCUGUGCGGCGGCCCUUUGCAUUUCCGUGCAGAAAGUCGAGGCUGCGGACAAGAGUGUGUUUUACACCUUGCCAAAGCCGUUGACACGGGGGCAUCUGCACUGGAAGGUUGUGGAGAAGUUUGCCGACUGGCAGGUCCUGCAAACGACGAUCGUGUCGCCUUUGCACGCAGGGAUUCUGCAGAAAAGCAGCGGCAACAAAAAGAAACCUGCAGAGUUGCAGGUCCCACACCUUCCUGGGAUGUGGCGCGAGCGUGCCAAGAAUCCUGUCGCCUUGCUGAAGCAUGCUGCUGCUCAUGCCUACUGGGACAUCAGCAGCUUCUACGAUGAGUUCGGCUUGGCAGAGGCGGACACGGAUUGGCGCGAAGACGACUUGGGCUUCGCCUUGGAGGCCGCAGUGGCAAAGGGCAUGAACUGCAGCCCGGAAGAAGUUGCCAGCAUUCUAGAGCGGAACAUCCACUGGCGCUGUCCAUCUGCGAAUGAGGAGCUCGACGAGAUUCUGGCUUCAGACAUGCUGGACGAUGUCCUCGGGAAGGAUGCUCAAAAGGACGUGGAGGCUGCGCAGCGGACACGUCAAAGCCAGGCUGUCGAAGCGGCGAUGCUGACCAGAGCUGUGGCGAGGAUUCGCAAGCGCCUUCGUUCGACUUUGGGAUCGGCUUCGAAAUCGGCUGCGUCUUCGUCGUCUUCGACGAGGCGCAAAAAGGUCCGAUUCGAGUCCAAUGCUGCCUGGAGCGUCGAGGACUUGCAGCAAUUGCUGCCGCCUUUUUACAGAGGGUACAAGGAUCAGUUCAACAAGUGCUGGAGAGUGUUCCACAAGCAGCACCGAUGGAGCGCAUCCAGGUCUUGGGGUCCCAGCGGAGCAGAUAGCAGGUGCUGCUACAAGCUACUGCACAUGAGCUGGAGACGCUACCUGCAACUGAAUCCUGGCGAGACUUGCCCGUAUGAGUUUCCGCCCGAGGUGUAG